AUGCUUUUAGCAUCAUAUGCGUUCACCACCGACGAUAUCGUGUAUCGAUGGGAUGCUAUGACCAGAUAUUCCGGACCGAGUAUCAUGCGCACUACUGAACCAUUCCUUUGCGGGCCGAAUACUUUCACUGCGCAGCAGCAAGAACUGGCGGAGUGCAACAGGCCAACGACGAACCCCUGGAGAGUAUUUCAUGCCUUUAAACGGAUUGUCACAUUGAAUGAAACGUUCUACUUGGCUCAAAUCUAUCUCCCUUCAACACUCUUGGUCGUCGUGUCAUGGGUCUCGUUCUGGUUGGAACGGACGGCAGUGCCUGCAAGGGUUACACUAGGAGUUACUACACUUCUCACAAUGACAACGCAGGUAGGAAGCUGA